GCACGGACCAAAUGCGUACAGAUCAAACGGACACAGUAACCAACAGACUUUCCACAUGGGUUGCGACUUUUUGGGCACCUCUACCGAUGGAGGGGUGCGGGAGGGGAACGAAGCCCCCUCUUGCACCCGCCCCGUGUGUGUGUGCGUGCGUGCGUGCGUGCGUGCGUGCGUGCGUGCGCGCGCGCGUGUGUAUAUAAGGCGAUUUUUGGCGAUCUUGCACGCUUUUCUGUCUUUUGGAGGACAAAGUUUUCUUUUCUCUUUUGGAGUUCAAUCGUCGGGGUGGAUUGAUCCCUUAUUUUUGGCGACCGUUUGGUACACGUACCGAAUGGUUUGUUUAUGUCGCCAUGCCCCGACAUGCUUCUUCUCCAACGCACUCCAAUACGUUGAUUCUGAUAACGCCAACCUAUUAGAAUGCGUUGGAGUAGAAGCAUGUCGAGGCAUGGCGACGCGAACAAACAUUCGGUACAUGUACCAAACAAUCGCAAAAAAUAAGGGAUCAAGCCACUCCCACGAUUGAGCUCCAAAAGAGAAAAGAAAACUUUGUCCCCCAAAAGACAGAAAACCAACGGGCAAGAGAAGAUCGCCAAAAAUCGCAUAUAAUAGAAAGAAUAAUGAACGUAGCGGGUAAACAAAAGGAAAUGUUAUUAAUUUUAUUAAAUAUUAUUUUAAAAAAAAAUCCGGUGUUAGUAAGAGGACGAACAGAUAGAAAAACAGAAAGUCGAAGAAAAUGAUGAGUUGGAAAAGAAUGUUAUUAGACAAAAAAUAUAAUAAAAAUAACGUAAUAACAAUAUAACUUUUAGGUUGAGUAUUGGGAUAAUAUUGCUAACAUAAUUAAUGCAGCUGCAGAAGGACCCCGAAAAAACGGGAAGAAAGGGGCAAAGGGAAAAUGCGUUUACGCAUUCCUCCGCCGAUGGGGAAUCGGCAGAGGAUAUGUGGGACUCGGGGAAUCCAGAAGAAACUCCUCAAUACCCACUAAAAACCCUAGUAUGGCUGUCUACCGGUGCUAUAGGCCGGGAAACGGGAUCACACAAGGUACUCACCGAAGCACCUGUGUCCGGUGAGCACCUGCGUCAUCCUGUAGGAGAGUGUUCCGUGCCGGCGAUCCAGCCAUUUCGGAAGAACCGGACGGAUCGCCCCGACGGCUUUGAGGCCGGCCGUCGCAAAGGCCAACCUCUCCUUCCGUCGCGACCGUGAGCCGCCAGGCCUGGUCGCUCCACCGUACGACCGUUCGCGCCGUCGGGAUCCCCCCCUCACCGCAAAGCCUCGAACGCCAACAGUAGCGUUCCAGGUGCUCCACAGCCAAGAGGUUCCAAGGAACGGAUCCCGCCAGCACGCACGUCGCCUCUUGAGGUGCGGUAGCCCCGUAUGAGACUCACCGCCAGCCGCCGCUGCUCCUCGCAGACCUUACGGGACAGCGCACGGCUGGCGUACACCUUUUCAGCCCACACGGGGACGCCAUACAGCGCCAUUGACGCACCGACCCCAAUCUAUUUUAAUCUAAUCUAACCUAAUAAAGAUAAAAUUAAGUUGAAAAUAUCCUAUAUGAUCUUUGUAGACGUGGAAAAAUAUGAAAGCUUAUAUAUUAAAAAAGGAAUCAAAAAGACGCAGCCAUACGCAAGGAA